CCCAGUUGCAAGAAGGAGUCCAUUAAAUCAGCAUUAAUUAAUAGUGCCUUAAAUUUGAUGUUUUCAUUAUUUCAAUGCCUGUUGCAAGAACUUGAUUUUUCAAUAAUUUUCGUUCCAAUAGUUAAUGUUUCGGUAAUGAAUUCAUUAAAAGAAUUAUGACAUUUCUCCCGAGAAAUGGCAUUUCUAGUGUACAAACCAUAGUGUAACUAAUGAAACCGUGGAAAAUGCAAAAAUUAUAUCUAUGCUAUGAACCUAAAUUAUUUUUAGUGUCAGUUGUGUUGACGGUGUUGUUUGACGGAAUUUAUAUAAAAUGAUUGCUACAAAAAGAAAAAGGGGUUGCAACUACACCGCCGAAGAAACGACUAAACUAUUAGAUCUCUUUCAACAGUAAGUAUCAUAUCAUAAUAUAAUUCAAUUCAUUAUAAUUCCAUUCAUUGAUGUUAUCAUGUUUCAGUAUAGAUUCAGGGAAGAAUUAAUUUUUAUUUAUUACUUUAAUGUACAGUAUAUUUUACUUCAUAGGUAUCAGUCCAGUAUAGAGGAUAAAAGGACAGGAACUAUUUUUUUAGCCCGCAGAAAAGAAGCGUGGCAGAAGAUUUGUACUGCAUAUAAUGCUGUCGCCACGAGUGGGGUCCGAACAGUGGAAAAUUUGAAAACCUUUUACGACAAUAAGAAGCAGAAAGCAAGAAAAUCCUUGGCAGAAUAUAAUAAAAAAGAAUUCAUGAAACACCAGGCUGAGCUGUCGUUACAAAAUGUAACAGGAGAUGAAUUGAGAACAGCUCUAGAACACGAAAAAACUGAUAAGGGUCAGUGGAGUAAAACUGGCGGUGGUAAUUGGUGUCCCACUAUAACAGAGCAUGACCAGAAAGUUCUGGCUAUUUUGAAGGAUCAAGUAACACCUCUGCCGAAUAGCAGUGAUAGUGCUGCUUUUUACUUCAAAGGUGAUGAAUCAAUAAAAUAUUUCAAGUUCUUUGUUCAGAUAUUGAAACUCUCUCAUGAAUUCCUACAGAUCAUUCUGGGGACAUAUUCAUCGACUUGGAUGAACCUAAUGUUUUGGUACCAGCAGAUGAAUAUCAAGGAACAGGUAAACAAGUCGUUUUGUUCAAAUGGAAAUGAAGUUGGAGAACAACUUGAAAGUGAAGGAAAUAUGAGAGGUGACAUGGAGACAGUAGCAGACUAUGAUAUGAACUUGCCCAGAAAUAUUGAAACAAAAAAGGAAAAUGGUGAUUGA